UACGACACUUGAAUACGUACCAGUAUUCGACAUCAAUACCCAAGUCCAAGUAACCUGUAAGUAUGCCUAAACCUCUAGAAUUUCAACUAAACAGGAUACAAUCCAUCUACCUUUUUAAUAAAAUAUAUAAACCGAAUUUCUUGCAUGACAAAUUGGGAAUAAUGAUAAAAUAACAUAUCUUGGUAAUUCAAAAGGGAGGCAGCGGCAGGAGCACUAAGAAUAUUUCUCCUUUUGGAAUCAUCAAAUUUAUUUUCCUCUCAUGUUUGUACAAAACAGAAAGCAAAACCAUCAAUGGAUCAAGAACAUGAUACGUGCAACAUGCCACAAGAAUCAAACAGCAUUAACAACAUCCACUAUAAAAGUUAGAGCCAUUGGCUUCAUACUAAGCUCAAUAACAGGGAAAAGAGCAUUCAAAAUCACAAUUAAAUGGUUACUAAUGCUUUUAGCUUAAGGGUCACCUGCAUAAGACUUAGACCAUACAUAUUCAUGGUUUUAGUUCAAGCUGCCUCUGCUUUUCUCUAUUUCAUAACAGAAGCUGCUUUCAACCAUGGGAUGAAUCCUCAUGUUUACGUCACGUACCGUCAUGUAGUUGGUGGAAUCACAGUUUUUCCCUUUGCAUAUUUCCUUGAAAGGAAAGCAAGGCCAAAGAUGACAUUCACCGUGUUUAUGGAAAUCUUUCUUUAUUCUCUACUUGGAGUGGGAUUAACAAUAAACAUGUACUUUGCAAGCUUACAAUACACUUCACCAGCAUUUUUGUCAGCAACAGUAAACACAAUUCCUACAUUGACCUUUAUACUAGCAGUGGCAGUCAGGUUGGAGACUCUUAACUUGAGAAAACCUCGCGGAAUAGCAAAAGUGACUGGAACUUUCGUGUCCUUGGCUGGGGUGAUGAUCGUAACAUUAUACAGAGGACCAGCAAUCAGAUGCCUGUGGGAACCUCCGAUACACCUGAUAAAAGGCGAAUUCCACAAAAAUUGGGUAAAAGGUCCACUACUUACCAUAGCAAGUUGUAUAUCAUGGUCGAUAUGGUUCACAAUGCAGGGAUUCACAUUGAAAAGGUAUCCUGCACCAUUGUCAUUAGCUGCAUGGGCAAACUUUGUAGGAGCAGCACAAUCUGGUGCUUUCACUUCAUUGGCUGUUCGACAUCAACCAUCUGUAUGGAUUACAAAAUCCUUCAUCGACAUAGCAACCAUUCUAUUUAGUGGAGUAGUUUCCUCUGCCUUAAACUUCAUGAUGAUUGUAUGGUGUUCAAAAGAAAAAGGUCCUGUCUUUGUAACUAUGUUCUGUCCACUACAGACACUACUAGUAGUAAUCUUCGCAUAUUUCAUAGUCGGUGAAAAGCUAUACACGGGCAGCAUAAUAGGAGGAGUUACAAUUGUUAUAGGUUUGUACCUAUUGCUAUGGGGAAAAGUAAAUGAUCAAGUCAAAAUCACAUCUGAGAAGCAACUACCUCUGUCAACUAACGAGCAGAAUGAACCCAAAAGAACAGGAGUCAUUGAAUCAGUGACUGAAACCUGCAAAGAGGGCAGACAGAUUACUCAUAUUCUCCCCAACUAAUGAAAAAAAAAAAAAAAAAAAGAAAAGAAGCUUACGGGAUCAAGCUUGGCUUCAUUUUUUUCCAGUAGCUAUUGAACGGUAAUAGAGUACCGACAAAAGAAAAAGAAACAGGCUACU